CGGUUUUAAAACAUACUAGCGCGCGUUGCCACGUGACUCCGCCUAGUCCAGUCAAUACGCAGGUGAACGCACAGUCACAGUCAACGCGAGCGGUGAGGACCGCUGGUUGUGCACUCUGCUGCUGCAGCAGGGGUGGAGGGUUGAGUACAACGCAGCAUCUGAUGCCUACACCAAUGCGCCACAGGACUUUAAAGAGUUCUACAACCAGCGCAGACGCUGGGGACCUUCUACCAUGGCCAACACCAUCGAUCUCUUGGGCUCAGGAGGACUGACCUCUCAGAGGAACAGCUCUAUCUCAAAACUAUACAUCCUUUACCAGAUUAUAAGCAUGGCAGCUUCCAUCUUGGGCCCUGCCACUAUCUGUCUAAUGAUAUCAGGAAGCUUUGUGUUCAUUUUGAAGAUGGAUGAAAAUAUAGCUCUUGCUUUGGCCAUAGUGCCCCCUACUGUCUAUCUCAUCUUAUGCUUCAAACUGACAUCUGAUAUGCAGAUUAAAAUUGCAGCAGUUAUGAGUGUGCUCUACGCAUUUCUCAUGGCGGGAACAAUUCUCUCCAUCAUAGGUGAUUUAGUGAAGCAAAAAACUUUUCUGACCCCUAGUGGUCUGUUCCUCAUCGGCAUGGUGGUGUUGUACAUCAUCACGGCAGCUUUACACCCUCAGGAGUUCUCACUGGUCAUCUAUGGAUUGUUAUAUUUCCUCUGCAUUCCCAGCGGGUAUUUACUCUUAGCCAUUUACUCUAUAGUCAACAUGAACAAUGUCACCUGGGGCACUCGUGAAACCGGCAGCCAGGCUAAGAGUACUGCAGUCAAUACCAUCAAGAAGAAGGUCAUGAAUGCCACAUGUUGCAAAUGCCCAUGCUUGGAAUCUGAAGAAGAUUUGAGCCAGGAGAUACUACCAUCAGAAACCAUUACGAAAACUGAAAAGACACAAAUUCCUUUGGAAACAGAAAGGGCACACGAGCUCCCACCCCAUCCUCAUCAAACUUGGAUUGAACAUCUGCAGAUGAAAUCUUACGACUUUCCUUUGCAUGAAUCUGCACUUCCAAUGGACGAAAUCGAUUUCUGGAGAGAAUUGCAAAAAAAAUAUCUAGAACCUCUUAAAGAGAAUAAAGAAGAACAGGAAAAAAUUGCUAAAGAUCUGAAAGAACUUCGAAAUAAAGUCACAUUUGUCUUUUUCUUCUGCAAUGCACUUUGGCUAGUGGCAACUUUCUUCCUUCAGGCAAUUGGUGACUUAAUCUCCAUAAAGAUCCCAAAAAUCUAUCCCAAUGGGACUUAUGACGAAAACAAAGAGUUUUCCCUUGAUCCAAUUGCACUGAUGUUUCUACUGAGCUUUGCAUUUUUGCUGAUAGUGCAAUUUAUUGCAAUGCUAUACCACAGAAUCUACACAUUAAUCCAUUUUGUGUCAUUUGCUGAUACAGAAAUUAAACCUUGUAGAAAGCAGUCACAUCAGGUUGCACAGAUCCAGUACUCAAACUACCAGCAUGAGACGGAUGAGCCAGACACAUCCUUAUGUUUUCAGAACCCUUCUGUUUUGAGAAGAGCUGUGACUUCAGUAUAACGAUUUGUAUUUAAUUCUUAAGGUUUAGCGUCCUAUAGAUACUAAUAUAGUGCAAAUAAAAUGUUAUUUAAUAUAUUAACCUCAAUGUCUUGUUGUAAAGUAAAAAAUGUCAAUUAAUGAUUUUUUAUUAAUUACAUGAUAUACCAAUUAAUAAUCAGAUCAGAAUCAAUCUGAUCAGAAUCAAUCAGCAAUCAAUCACCUAUAUCAGACAGUAUUUGCUAAGAAAAGCCCCCAGUCAAAGAUAUUACAUUAUUUUUGCCAGCUAAAGCUUUAGAUAUUAUGAACAUUGCAAGAAGUGGCCUUUGAAGGCAAUUGAUACAUGUUAAACUGACAAUCAUAAAAAUAUUUUAAAUGA